GCCAAUUACAAUUUACGCCAUAUGACGCCUUGAUGCUUAAGAGACCCAGUCUGCAGUUACACGUCAUAUUCCCAGAACACCACAUCUCUUUUAUUGGAUCGGUGUACCAGCUUCGGUUCUACACAAGGCCGCCCGGGAGGCAGUACACCAAGAGUCACCACUCCUGCACCAUCUGUACAUCUCACGUCAUUGAGACUGCAGGACAUGUGCCUCGUGUAAGGAAGCUAUCGGACAAGCAUGAAUCAUCUGCCAUGGCUGGGAAUUACAUCAAGAAGUCGACAGUGCCCUUCAAUGAAUCAAUCCCCUUCACUACCAAGUCUGGUACGGUGAUUGAAUUCAUCGGCCGCUCCUUUGAAAAAGAGUUCCAGAUUGAGAUAGGCGCUGGCAGUGACAUCGCGCUCUACAUGAAGGCGAGUGAAGACGGCAGCCUGAACAGGGGAUUCAAGACAAGCGCCAAGAACGAAAACGUCAUCAUUUCAACCUCGGCAUUCUACAAACCUCCAAAGGACUUUAAAUGCAGUCUGAAAAUAUCAAGCACCGAAUUCACUUUAUCUGUCGGUGAUGGCGAGGUGUUCACGUACACGUCUGGGGUGGAGGUGGAGCUCAUCGACCAGCUUCGCUUCAUGGGGGGCAUUGAACUGAAGGAACUCCGUAUGAAUCAAUGAUUUAUAAAACAGAUGUUGUAACGCCGUUGAUACCGCUCGUCGAGAACAAUACACUGAUUUAUUCCAAGAUGUUAUCAUUUCUUAUUUACUACUUUGAACGCAACGUGUGCUUAUAUAUUCCCUGUUUGUGCCACGUUCCGUUUUGAAGGGCAGUCGAAUGGCAGGAGUUGGAUUCAACUGAUAACAGGAUUGCGGCCACAGUAAAUAUACAGCAGAUAUAAAGUUAAGAC